AUGAACACUGACUACUGCAUCUGCAAUGCUCUUGAUUACCAUUCCCAAAGCAUCCAAAAGGCCCUUGUCAUUUAUGAUGUAGGGUGCCAAUGGAGUAUCAACUUCUGGAGUCAGGUAAAGUCCAGCUGCUCUCUCACUCUUCCACAUGGCCUCCAAAUCAUUCCUGCUGUGGGGAAGUUUCAUCUGGCUGCCCACAAACUCUCUUGCUUUCCAAGAUAUAGCCUCAACUUUGUCAAGGGUACUGGCCACCUGGAUGGUGAAAUUUUGAAGACAUUGUGA